AUGCGCUCCCUCAUUUACGUUUCCACAAUCACCAUUCUCGCUCGAUAUGCCAACGCGGACAAGGAGAAUAAUCUCGAAAGUCCCUUCGGACUUACUUUCAGUCCCACUACGAUAUUUGCUUCCAGACUCAACGCCUCCGGGUCUAUCGAGAUUACAAGGUAUCCGGUCAGUCCUGAGUAUCAGGUAUAUUAUGAGGAUGCAGUCUACACGCAUGGGCUACAGGGUGAUAAGACCCAUGAUGCCAAGAGUGUGGCAUCCAUGUUCGAUCAUAUCAUCUCUCUCGUCACAAAGAGCUUGAGUAGCCAGCUAGGACAUAAGCCCGAAUAUUCAACCCUAUUCCUUCCUUCAGUGUUCGAUCGCGAUACACUAUACGCUGCCACUGAGGCAGUCUUUCCCGACGAUUCAUUGGAGCGACCCCUCAAGAUUGGAUUGACUCGAGAGGCCGCAUGUUAUGGAUACGGGUUUUUCGAAGGUAAACACCUUGGGCUGCCACUCGAAGAAUCUAAUGACGACGGCCCUGAGUCCUUGAUCGUGGUCCUGGAAUACGAAGAUGCUUAUCUUUACGCCUGGUUUGUGCAAGUGGCUUUCGACUUCGGGACGUUCUACGUUAGCCAGCAAGAAAUUUGCAAAGAUUGUGGAGAGCGAUUCCGUGAUUUCCUGGAUGUCUUUAUCAACAAGGCUUUGCUGGAGAAACACCGCGAUGACAUCCGUGCAAUUGUUAUUGUCGGCGAAGCUUCCGCACCAAGUAUCUCUGAGCUUGGUAUGAUUGCAAAAAUGGCGGUGGGGACAGAAGUAGUGAAUGUUGUGACAGAUAUCGACCCAACAGAAGCAGUAGCACAUGGCGCAGCCGUGUGGGCACGAUUGACACAGCAGUUUCCGCAGAAUUUCUUGUCCCAAUGUACGGUCAACUUCCGACAGCAUGAUGAGUUGUAG